GUGUCCUUUAUCCAGACUGACACAAACUGUAGGCAUGAUGGGUUCUUGCUAGCAGAUGGCGCAGUAAAUAGAGACUUAGCGGCCCAAAUCUGGAAACUAAGUAAAGUCACAAGAGCUAGACCUAAUGCGGGACGGCACUGUGGGUAACUGUAGCUGAGCUAGAGUGCGUAUCUGAGUCUUGUGCGUAUCCGGGUGGAAACCAACGCAGCACCCACCGGCACAAUAUAAAAACCCACAAACCCGUUCGUAAGCCGUUACCUAAUACUAGCUAACUAGCCUGCUAAACAGCGAGCUACAAUGCUUUCCAUUACAGCCGCUGUCUCCAGAAGCUCCCGGGUCCUCCAGAGCGCCAGACUACUGCAUAUUUCUCCAAUAGUCAAAAUGCCAAUUCAGGUGGGUGAACAUCUUCCUGCAGUGGAGGUUCAGGAGGGGGAGCCAGGAAAUAAGGUGGCUAUGGAUCAGCUGUUUAAGGGGAAGAAAGGAGUCCUCUUUGCCGUACCUGGAGCUUUUACUCCUGGUUGUUCCAAGACUCACCUCCCAGGUUUUGUGCAGCAGGCUGCGGAGCUGAGGAGUAAAGGUAUACAGGAGGUGGCGUGCGUUUCUGUCAACGAUGCGUUUGUCAUGGCUGCGUGGGGAAAGGAGCAUGGAACAGAUGGAAAGGUGCGGAUGCUGGCUGAUCCCACUGGAGCCUUUACAAAGGCAGUUGACCUGUUACUUGAGAGUGAUCAGAUUGUGCAGGUACUCGGGAAUAAGCGCUCCAAGAGAUAUUCUAUGCUGGUGGAAGAUGGAGUUGUAAAGAAGAUCAACGUAGAGCCGGAUGGCACCGGGCUGACCUGCAGUCUGGCUCCCAGUAUUCUGUCAGAGCUGUAGAAUGAUUUUUGAAUUAAAAGAAACUGCACACCCUGAGCUACUGUGAAAAAUCACACUUAGAAGCCCACUCAAACUUCCUCCUUCUUUACCCAAAGACAGAUGGAAUUGUCAAGUGGAUGCUAGUGUCAGAAACGGAGUUGGAUGACGAUUAAUGCGCACAAGUAUGACACGAAUGGCAGUCCUAAGGAUGGUGCAUCAAUCUGUGUAUACUGUUACUUCUGAGUAAAUAAAAUUUACACUGAAAGCAAUAA